CGGAAGAGGAGAAGGAACAUGGCGGCGGAAUCGAACGAAUCUGAUAUCGAAGUAGGUCCGACCCACGCUUCGGAAGAUGGGCGCUCUGGCCCGGCAGUAAUGGACAGCCCCCGUAGGAGCCGCAGCAAGAGUGUGUCAGAGGAGGAUGGGGAGAGCGAUGAUGGAGCUCCGGCCGGGGAGAGGGAGGGGGGCCGGCGGAGCAAGAGCAGGAGCAGGAGCAGGGGCUCAGAGAGCUCUCCAAGUCCUGGUCCGAGGCCAGAUGUGGACAGAGGGAGGCCUGGGCCUGGGCCUGGGCCUGGUGGGAGCCCUGGAGAGGGUGACCGGCCUGAGGCUCCCCAGGAUGGCAGUCCUGACAGCAGGGCCAAACAAGGCUCCCCCCGGGGUGCUGAGGAUAAGGAUGAGGAUGACGAUGCCUCGGACGCCAGCAAGGGAGGCUCCGGCUCCGGCAGCGAAUCAGACGACGACAGCGACAGUGACAGCGACGCAGAGGGGACAUUUAGGAGGCUGAGGAGCAGCGUGGCACAUGUGCGGAGAGGUUCAGAUGACGAGAGCAAGAAGCAACAGAGAACUUUAUCUCCGGAGAACAAGGAGGGUGAGUCGAGGCCGUCGCGCUCCAGAUCGCGUUCCCGCUCCAGGUCCAGAUCUCGCUCUCGGUCGCGCUCCCCCCGAGGCCGCCACGAGCGAUCAAGGAGGUCCAGAGAUCGAGAAAGAGACCGCGACCGCUACCAUGACCGUGGUGAGCGCGGUUACGACAGAGGGCGCGACAGGCGAUCCAGCCGAGACCGCGACCGCGACCCCGAGUACAGAAGGAGGGGCAGGUCCCCCUCCCCUGCCCAGAAGAACAGGGGGGCGCCCAACGAGGAGGAGCCCCCGCCCAAGAAGAAGAAGGAGGAGCUGGACCCCAUCCUCACCCGCACCGGAGGAGCCUACAUCCCCCCCGCCAAGCUGCGCAUGAUGCAGGCUCAGAUCACUGACAAGAGCAGCCUGGCCUAUCAGAGGAUGAGCUGGGAGGCCCUGAAGAAGUCCAUCAAUGGUCUGGUCAACAAGAUCAACGUGUCCAACAUCGCAAACAUUAUUCAGGAACUACUGCAGGAGAAUGUGGUCAGGGGACGGGGUCUGAUGGCCAGGUCCAUCCUGAGUGCCCAGAGCGCCUCUCCCAUCUUCACCCAUGUCUACGCCGCACUGGUCUCCAUCAUCAACUCCAAGUUUCCUCAGACGGGAGAGCUCAUCCUCAAGAGGCUCAUCCUCAACUUCAGGAAAGGCUACCGCAGGAACGACAAGCAACAAUGCAUGACUGCAUCCAAGUUUGUGGCGCACCUGGUCAAUCAGAAUGUGGCCCACGAGGUGUUGUGUCUUGAGAUGCUGACCCUGCUGCUGGAGAGGCCGACUGACGACAGUGUGGAGGUGUCCAUCGGCUUCCUGAAGGAGUGUGGCCUCAAACUCACAGAGGUCUCCCCCAGGGGCAUCAACGCCAUAUUUGAGCGCUUGCGAAACAUCCUGCACGAGUCUGAGAUUGACAAGCGCGUGCAGUACAUGAUCGAGGUGAUGUUCGCCAUCCGCAAGGACGGCUUCAAGGACCACCCCAUCAUCCCAGAGGGCCUCGACCUGGUGGAGGAGGAGGACCAGUUCACACACAUGCUGCCCCUCGAGGACGAUUAUAACCCUGAGGACAUACUGAAUGUCUUCAAGCUGGAUCCAGACUUCAUAGAGAACGAAGAGAAGUACAAAGCCAUCAAGCGAGAGAUCCUGGAUGAAGGAAGCAGUGAUUCCGGGGAGGAUGGCGAUGGUAGUGACGACGAUGAUGACGACGACGAUGACGAUGAUGAAGAGAAGGAGGAAGCGGGGGUAGAACCUGGCACAGAGGGGGAGAAAAUGACUAUUUUCGACCAGACUGAAGUGAACCUGGUCGCAUUUCGUCGCGUCAUCUAUCUGGCCAUCCAGUCAAGUUUGGACUUUGAAGAGUGCGCCCACAAGCUGAUCAAGAUGGACUUCCCAGAUAGCCAAACGAAAGAGCUGUGCAACAUGAUCCUGGACUGCUGUGCACAGCAGAGGACCUACGAGAAGUUCUUUGGUCUCCUUGCUGGGCGUUUCUGCCUGCUGAAGAAGGACUAUAUGGAGAGCUUUGAGGCCAUCUUCAUGGAGCAGUACGAGACCAUCCAUCGGCUGGAGACCAACAAGCUGCGCAACGUGGCCAGGAUGUUCGCCCACCUGCUGUACACCGACUCCGUCCCGUGGAGCGUUAUGGAGUGCGUCAGGAUGAGCGAGGAGUCCACCACCUCCUCCAGCCGUAUCUUCGUCAAGAUCCUCUUCCAGGAGCUGUGUGCCUACAUGGGCCUGCCCAAGCUCAACGAGCGCCUCAAGGACGCGACUCUGCAGCCGUUCUUCGAGGGCCUGUUUCCGCGAGACAACCCCCGAAACACUCGCUUUGCCAUCAAUUUCUUCACCUCCAUUGGUCUGGGAGGCCUCACAGAUGAGCUGAGGGAGCACCUGAAGAAUGCUCCCAAGAUGAUCAUGACGCAGCAACAGGAAGUGGAAUCCUCCGACUCUGACUCUUCCUCCUCCUCCUCUUCCUCGUCUUCGGACUCCUCCUCGGACAGUGACAGCAGCGACUCCAGUGACUCGGAUUCCUCCUCCAGCAGCAGUAGCAGCUCGGAUUCCGACUCCAGGAAAAAGAAAAAGAAGGGACGCGACAAGAAGAAGAAAGAAAAGGAGGAGAAGAAAAAGAAGAAGAGCAAGAACAAGAAGGAGUCCAGCAGCAAGAAAAAGGAUUCCGGCAGCAAAAAGGAGUCCGGCAGCAAGGCGGCGGACCCUCGUCGACGAGACCGCUCUCCAGAGGAGGAGCGACCCGGGAAGCGGCAGGGGAGACAACGCGGCGGCAGCAGCAGCGAAGAAGAAGCCGAGAGAGCCACCGCCGCACCAGCGGACCGACGCAGGCCCUCGCCAUCACCGGACCAGCACCGCAAGGCCCAGCGCCACCGAGGAGGGGGACGCCAGGCGUCGCCGCCGCAGGAGACCUCGCCGUCACCUCCACCUUCACGGCAGCCACCACCCCCUCGUGACCGAGACAGAGGAGACAGAGAGCGUGGCCGGGAGAGGGAGCGGGAGAGGGACAGAGAGGAGGAGCAGGAGCGCGGGAGAGGACCUGGCAGGGACCCACAGCAGCAGCAAGGGGGACAUCACAGGGACAGGGGAGGCAGGGAUCACAGUGGGGACAGGGAGAGGGAGCGGGGGGACCGGCACGAGAAGGAGAGCCGCCGAGGAGGAGGAGGAGGAGGACACAAGGACGCCAUGAAGAACGGUUCUCAGGUGACGGACCGGGAUCGGGAUCGAGACAGAGAACGGGACAGGGACCGCGGAGGUCGUGACCGAGAUCGGGACCAGAGACGGAGCAGGGAAAGGGAACCUGUGAGGAGAGACAGUCCAAGGGAGAGGUCCAAGUCCCGAGAUCGGGAGAGGGAGAGGGACCGAGAUGCGGACCGCGGCCGAAGGGGGGAAAAGGACGAUGCCAGAGACGGCCACCGGAACGGCGUAGAGAAGUCCUACAAGGACAACAGGCAUGCGGAGCGCCAGCGCGACUCCAGGAGGAAUGAGGAACGCAGCAGAGACGAGUCGCCCAGAAGGAGAAGAUAGUCCCUUCAGUGAGAGAGGAGAGGUUGGGGGGGGAUUGUCCCUAAAGUGAGAGAGGGGUAGAUGGGAGGGGUGAUGAGAUGUCUGCUUUACAGCCUUGUCAGCGCUUGGACUUUUAUCUCCUCCCCUCCCCUCCCCUCCCCUCUCCUCUCCUCUCCUCCCCUCCCCUCCCCUCUCCUCUCCUCUCCUCUCCUCUCCUCUCCUCUUUCGUCAUUUGGGCCUCCUGAAUAUCCUUUAUAUGUUGCCACCUUUCAAAAAAAAAAAAAAAAAACCUGUGAAGUCAUCAUCAAAAGACAUGCCCUGUUGAGGAUGGUGACAGCUUUUUGUCCAGAACUGUGAGUGUGGAACAGACUCUGUCAGCAGACCUGCAGGGUCCAAUUUGGAAGAUGGCUUUAUAACGUACAGGCAUGUUGAACGUUUCUAUUGGGGUUGGGUUUUUUUUUGUUUUUUUUUGUACCCUCUCCCCACGCACAUUUGCUGAUGAAAUAAAACGUGUUUAAUUUCUAAUAUGUGUUGGGAAUCAUUGGCAAGUGACGCUUGAGGGUGGUGUUUUAAAUGUCAAAGAUCUUUGGGAAUUCCAGAGGAGUUUAUUAUUAAUACUGUGAUAAGCAGUCGGGCCAUUAAAAAUCUCUUCUACCCUUUUAUCAUUAUGUUGAUCUUCUUUUAUUCAACUGAUUGAUGUGCUAAUAUUGAUGUUUUUGGCAGAAAUUUGAAUUAGCUUUAUGUUUUUGUAUUAGCGAAGAGCCUAUUGUGCCACAGUUGUGACGCAGUAAGAAACGGAUGUUUAUAGUGUAUAGAGGCUUUUUGAAGUUUCCGAGUAAACAUUAUUGUGUUUGUACUGUCCUGUCCUUGGAUUUAAUAAAGAUGAUCUAUCCUUUGUA